UGAGAGAGAAAGGGGGGCAGCAAGGAAGAGCGAGGGAUAGAAAGUAAUUUAUUAUGAAAAAGGGAAGGAGGGAUGUCGAGGUAGUUUAUUUCUGAGGAGAUCUGAUCGGACCAUGAUGUUAAGAUUAAGCCUCCAGCUUCUCCUGCUCUCCCGCUACGCCUCCUCGAUGCUGCUGGGAUGGGUCGAGUCUCCAGGGUAUCCCAGUGGAUACUUGCCUCACGCCAGUCUAAACUGGAGCAGGUGUGCCCCCAAAGGCCACGUCCUGUCCAUCAGGCUCAUCCACCUGGACCUCGAGGACAGCCAAGACUGUGAAAACGAUGCCGUGAAGGUCUUUUCAAAUGGAAACCUAAUUUCCGUGCUAUGUGGCAACAGGGAAUUUGAGGAGCUCCAGUCCACUGUGAAUCCCUCGCUCCUCUCUUCCCCGGGCGGCUGCCUCUCGCUGUCCUUCCACUCCGACUACUCAAACACGAAGAGGCACACCGGCUUCAGAGGCUUUUAUACCGAUCAAGACUUCAACGAAUGCCAGGACGACCCUGACAAUGGAUGCACGCAGUUCUGCCACAACUUCAUCGGAGGGUACCACUGCUCCUGUCGCCACGGUUACCACCUGGACGUGGACAAACACACUUGCACUGUGAGCUGUACUGAGGAUCUGUCAGGGCUGAAACAAGGCGACAUAUCCACUCCCUCCUGGCCUGCUUCAUACGCAGAGAACUCCAACUGUCAGCACACUCUGUCUGUGGAGGACCACCUGCAGCUGGAGCUGCACUUCUCUGAAGAUUUUGAUGUUGAGCAAAGCCCUGAUGGUCAAUGCAUAGACGCACUGAGGAUUGAGACUCCUUCUGGGACUCUGGGACCAUUCUGUGGCCACACGCCUCCCCCAUCUCCCUUCCUCACUCACUCACAUCAUGUCCACAUCCGCUUCACCUCUGAUGGCUUCGGCACCAACAAAGGCUUCACUCUCCACUUCAAGACCAGAGACAAGGUGUGUCCAGCAGUCGUAACCCCACACUCCAGAGCAACUCCUCAGCAACCACAAUAUUCUCAGGGUCAAUCCGUGACAGUCACUUGUGUACUCGGCCAUGUUGCGAAUACUCAAGGCACCCAGACCCUGUCAUCACAGUACAUGACGACAUGCCAGAGCACAGGAAUAUGGACUCCCAGUUACGUCUGUGAACCGGUGGAUUGCGGUUUUCCUAACGUCCCCGAAGAUGGCAUCCUUCAGUUGGUUGGCUCAGAUAGCCCCCACACUCAGUAUAAAGACCAGAUCCAGCUCAACUGCCGUUCAGAGCACUACACACUGGAAGGAGAUGACACCUACACCUGCAAUGCAAAUGGUGAAUGGGUAUCAGGCAGUGGCAAGACGGAGAUGCCGAAAUGCACUGAAGUGUGCGGCAAGCCUGAGAAACACCCAGCAAGUGCAGGCAGAAUUUUGGGAGGUAAGGAUGCAAACAUGGGAGAAAUACCUUGGCAUCUCCUGAUAAGAGAGCCGAGAAGAGGAGGAGCAUCGCUGAUCAAUGACCGAUGGGCUGUCACAGCAGCUCAUGUUGUGGAAAAUGUAGAGGAGACCUCUUUGCGUCUGUAUGGUGGGCUGGUAAAUUCAAGAACAAUAUCAGAUAGGUUGUCUAAUGUAGUGGUCAUGGACAGUGAGAGGAUCAUAAUUCAUCCCAACUACAUCAAGGGCGUUGCACACCGCACCAGUUUUGACAAUGACAUUGCUCUUAUCAGAUUAGCUUCCAGGGUGAAUUUAGGCCCAAACCUGCUUCCUAUUUGUCUGCCAGAGGCAAACAGGACCUUGGUGGAAAAUGAGCAAGGCACAGUGUCAGGCUUCGGGGUGACAGAAGGGAGAAGGGGGGCUUUUGUCACAUCUGCCAUGUUAAAAUACGCUCACAUUGGCAUCUACCCCCGCUCAGCGUGUGAGGACACACCUUCCACAUCAACUAAAAAACGCAUGAUUUUCACUAAUAACAUGUUCUGUGCUGGAGCAACAGGAAAGGACAGCUGCCAGAAAGACAGCGGGGGUCCGUUUGUUUUGCCUAUGUUGGCUGAAGGCAGAGAGCCUUAUUAUCUGACCGGCAUUGUGUCCUGGGGACCCCCCUGCAGUGACAGGCAGUACAAGGGUUAUUAUACCAAGGUAGAGAAUUACGUAGACUGGAUUAAGAAGACAAUAGACACAACAGAGAAAUCUUAGAGGAAAGAUGAGGAAGACAAAUACUUUGCAACUAACCAUAAUAAUGUAAUCAAUUUCAGUACUGACACAGAUCACCAAGAUGUAUAUGAAAAUAAAGACUGUAGCCUUGUAAUCAAAUGUACCAACAUCAAUAACAUUAAGCUCUUAGGAAUUUGCUAAUUAACUGCAGAGAAUGUGUGUUUUAAUCAACUUAACAAUACACUGUAUUUUAGUCUUUUAAUCAUUAACAGCUUAGAUACACUCAGGGUCUCCAUAUGCUGGAAUGCUUAAUUUUUAAAUAAUUUAUAAAUUUGUCUCCACUAUGCUGCAUUCAAACAUAUAAUGGCGUGAAGCCUACAGUGCCUUGUAUGGACCCAUAGCAAUAUGGUUGGAAUUAGUAUCAUCUUUAUAUGGAACUUUUCCCACUGUUGAUAUAUGUCACGAUGUAGCACAUGUAUGGAAAAACACAAGCAAAUAAAAUAACUACAAUGAU